GAGAGAGAGAGAGAGAGAGAGAGAGAACACACAUAGCGCAGAACAAGAGAACCGAAGGAUCAGAUCACUAGCGCUGACCGAUAUAACUACUCUUGACUACAUUACCCACAAUUCCACAUCGCCGACAUCACGGCAGCGCGGUGCAUUGUGGGCGGUACGCUGUGUAGUUUUUGAGCUGACAGCACAGCGCGGUGACUAAAGUACGGAAACAACUGUCACUUAGUUUUACAGAGAGAGAGAGAGAGAGAGAGAGAGAGAGAGAGACUCUGUUAUGCCCCACAGCGACGGUUUAACGGAGAUUAUCGGUUACAGGGAAGACUUGUGCUCGGGCUCGGGUGUUGAAGAAGCGGAAGCGGAGUAGAGGAAUGAGUUUAAACGAGCACUCUCUGCAGGCGCUGUCAUGGAGAAAGCUGUAUCUGAGCCGAGCGAAGCUGAAGGCCACCAGCAGGACCUCAGCUCUGCUCUCCGGCUUCGCCAUGGUGGCGAUGGUGGAGGUGCAGCUGGAGCGGGAUUACGAGUACCCGCCCCUCCUCCUGAUCGCGUUCAGCGCCUGCACCACCGUGUUGGUUGCGGUCCACCUCUUCGCUCUGAUGAUCAGCACCUGCAUCCUGCCCAACAUCGAGGCGGUGAGUAACGUGCACAACCUGAACUCGGUGAGGGAGUCUCCUCACGAGCGCAUGCACCAUCACGUGGAGCUCGCCUGGGCCUUCUCCACCGUCAUCGGCACCUUCCUGUUCCUGGCCGAGGUUCUGCUGCUCUGCUGGGUCAAGUUCCUCCCGCAGGAAACGCUGAAGAAACAUGCGGACGGACAAACCACUAACAAUACCGGGAUCAGCCCCGGAAAGGCCGCCGCCUACGCCUCCACCUCCAUCAUCGUCCCCUGCGGCCUCGUCUUCAUCGUCUUCGCCGUCCAUUUUUACCGCUCGCUCGUUAGCCACAAAACCGACCGGCAGUUUCAGGAGCUCGAGGAGCUUUCCAACAUCACCAGGCUUCAGAACGAACUCGACCAUCGAGUGGAGGCGCCCAACAUCCAGAACUCUCCCGCGCUCUUCCCCUGAACUCUCGCCACGGCUACGGGAUCCUAAACUAGCAUAGCGCUAGUGUCGGCUGAGCGAUGUUACCUUAACGUUUUUAUAAAAGAUGCCAAGUGUUUUAUAGAGACUCGUUACGCUAAAAGAAUCGACUCACUUUCUUCUUCUUCUUCUUUGUGAAAUUCUGAUGUAAAACUGUUGGUUUCAGAAGUGGGCGGGGCUCUGUGAAGUAGGAGCUAGCUGUAAUUACGAUGUGUAGGUACGGUUAUAUAGCUAUCUAAAACGAGGCUAGAUUUUUCUGUCGUAGUGCAACGUUAUUAUCGGAACUAUUUUACAGUCAUGGUAACGGGUGCUCUAGAUGCACGAUGGACAGCUGACUUUAGCUUUAGAUGCUAGCUAGCGUUAUCGUUCUGGCGUCGCGUUCUUGCUGAAGUAAAGAAAAAGAAGGUGGAUGUACAGGACGCCGAAUCAGCGUUUUACUCUUUAAAAGGUGUGUGAAUUCGGCCGAUGUUGAUGAAAAUGCUCUACAAUGCGCCGAACCAGUCAUUAAGUGUGUGCGUAAAUGAAAGUUUUGAGGAAUCAAGACAUCCAAAGAUGCGUGUAAAUUCAUGCUAAUCAGCUAUCGCCCAAAUCUAAUCAGCUAACCGAGAGACCGUUACAAAUUCAUGCUGAUUAGCUGUUUGAAUAUUUUUGAAAUUCAUGCUAAUGCAGUAACAGUAUCCACAGUCGUGGGUUUUCAUAAAGAUUGCGCUUUGCAUUUUAUUUGAUCUUAUUGAAAUUUUCCCCAAAGCGGCGCUGCUAAUGGGUCAAAAUUUCACUGUUAAAAACUGAAACUAGCCGCUAAAUUAGCCAGAGAUGCUAACGAGCUCAAGCAGAUUGACGUCAGGAAAAAAAACCUGGAAGAUUUUUCCUAAAACACAAACAAACAACAACCUCAGAACAGCCUUGUGUGUGUGUGUGUGUGUGUGUGUGAGUGUGUGUGUGCGUGUGUGUGUGUGUGUGUGUGUGUGUGUGCGUGUGUGCGUGUGUGCGUGUGUGAG